ACACCUUGAAGGAGCGGCGGCUGCGGCUGAGGCGGCGGUGGUGGCGCACGGCGCGUCAGACAAAAUAAACAAGAGCGGAGACACGGAGCGACCGCGCGUCUCUGACUUUGGCCUCCACAUAUCCACUCGAAUAUCCACAUCCACUUCCACAGCAGCAGCAGAGGAGAAGGAUAAUAGGAGAAGGAGGAACCACAGCGAAGACCCUGGUUCAUGCGUGUUUAGGGCUGCGUCAACGCGCACAGGAUGGGAAACACAACCAAGAUGCCCAAAACAGUAUCCUGGCUCGGCUUACUUGUGCUGUCGUCUGUUUUACUUCUAAUAGUAAACGGCAAGAGAGCAAGACAGCCCCGCUGCCCCUCAUCAUGUACAUGCACCAAAGAUAACGCGUUGUGCGAAAGCGCAGGACUCAUCCCACGCAGCUUUCCACCCGAUGUCAUCUCACUAUCAUUCGUCAAGUCUGAAUUCACUGAAAUCCCUAAAGAGAGUUUUAUCCACACGCCUGCCCUGCACCUUCUUUUAUUCACAGCCAACAACCUGGAGUCUAUCAACGAGGACGCCUUCCUGGGUCUUCCUCAUCUGGAGUAUCUAUUCAUCGAAAACAACCAGAUCAAGUCGAUAUCGCCGAACGCUUUCCGAGGCCUGAAAACUUUAGUGCAUAUGAGUCUGGCGUACAAUAAUCUCGAGACCCUGCCCAAAGAUUUGUUCAAGGGCCUUGAGGCUUUGACAAAAGUAGACCUGCGGGGGAACCAGUUCACCUGCGACUGUAAGCUGAAGUGGCUGGUGGAGUGGAUCUAUAACACCAACGCCACUGUGGAUCAGAUUUACUGUAAAGGUCCGGCCUCUCAGCUGGACAAGAAGAUCAAUGAUUUGGUUCCUCAGUCCUUUGACUGCAUCACAACAGAGUUUGCAUCUUACCAGUCCCUCAAGUUCGAAUCUAUAUCAGUGGAAGCGUUUUCCUUUGGGAGCGAUCAGUAUGUGGUGUUUGCGCAGCCUUUCAUCGGGAAAUGUAGCUUCCUGGAAUGGGAUCAUGUUGAGAUGGUCUUCAGAAACUUUGAUGACAUUGACAGUACAUCCACAGUGAUCUGUAAACCCCUGGUCAUUGACAGUCAGCUCUUUAUAAUAGUGGCUCAGCUGUUCGGUGGUUCACACAUCUAUAAGCGUGACACCUCUGCCAACAAAUUCAUCAAACUCCAAGGCAUCGACAUCCUUAAAAUCCGCAAACCAAAUGACGUUGAGACCUUCCGCAUAGAUGGAGAGUCCUUUUUUGUCAUCGCAGACAGCUCCAAAGCCGGUUCCACCACCAUCUACAAAUGGAACGGCAAUGGUUUCUACUCACACCAGUCGCUCCACCCGUGGUAUCGAGACACAGACGUGGAGUACAUGGAGAUCUCGUCCAAACCUCAUCUGAUCCUGUCCAGCAGCUCCCAGAGGCCGGUCAUCUACCAGUGGAACAAAGGCACCAAGCUGUUCGACAGACGCACCGACAUCCCAGAGAUGGAGGACGUCUACGCCGUCAAGCACUUUCAGGUCAAAUCCGAGCUCUUCAUCUGUCUGACCCGCUUCAUAGGCGACUCCAAAGUCAUGCGCUGGGACGGGGCCCUCUUCCGAGAAUUGCAGACCAUGCCCUCUCGCGGCUCCAUGGUGUUCCAGCCCUUCGCCGUGGGCAACUGGCAGUACGCCAUCCUGGGCAGCGAUUACUCUUUCACGCAGGUGUAUCGCUGGGAUACCAAAAAGGGCGAGUUUGUCCACUUCCAGGAGCUGAACAUCCAAGCACCGAGGGCUUUCUCUCCGGUCUCUAUAGACAACCGUCAAUUUUUGUUGGCCUCUAGUUUCAAAGGAAAAACUCAGAUCUACGAGCACCUGGUGAUCGAUCUGAGCAACUGAACGACUGAUUUUUUUCUUUUCUGACUGAUUGCUUAUGUGACUGGUUACUGUGUCUGAAGUUGGCAGUUGCAGCAGUUUCCAAUGCUGAACAACAAUGGACGGGAUUAUCAGUUGAUCCUAACUUGAGAAUGGCAGGCGUUAUUCUUUUUGAAAUCAGUGCAUGAAACGUGUAAAAUGUGAAGAGCUACAUGCACCUCAGACAAAUGUCACUGACCAUGUUCCCAUGGCGGCCAUUUUCUGCCGACAUCAUGCCCUGGGUGGAAGCUCACAUGAAGGGUGUCAUAGAUAUCGCUGUGCUCAGAUUGUACGAAGGUAGGAAAGAUGAUUGUUUCACUGCUUCCCCACUGAUCAGCAACUGAAAAGACAACAGAUCAUUAAAAUAUGGAUUGACAUCGCAUCAUAUUUAUAAGAAAAAAACAUAUCUGACACAUUAUAGAUAUGCUGCGUUCCAGGCAACCCGAAACUCGUGUUUUUCCAACCUUCUACCGGUGAAAACGCACUGGAAUGGCAGUCAAACCUGUGACUUCCCACCCGUGAACUUGUACUAGAUCCGUGUCCUCCCAGUUCCGAAUUCUGACGUCACAUAGCAAUUGCAGCCCCCAUGGAUGCGGUGUUUAUGCAGAUUGUUUAUUAAAACAAGGUAUUGUGCUGAUGUUAUUUAUCUGUAAAUGUUCUGCAUAAUCAGCAGCGACUCUAGAGUUAGCUAGUUUUCAGUUCAAUGAGUGCAAGAACAAAUCAAUACCAAAUACGUAUCCAAAUAUCCAAAUAACAUAAUAACAUAAUAAUAACAUAAAAGGUAGAACAGCUUCUCUUGCCUUAUGCGCCGUUUUUACUCCUCUGUUUCCCUCAGAUAAGCAAAGCACAAGCACCUUUAACGAUAGAAAUG